AUUCUCUUCUCUUCUCCUCUUGUGCUUCAAUGGCGUCCUCUCUCUCACUACAUCAACACACUAUCUAUUGUCUCUCUCCUACUCCUACUCUUCGUUUCGGAAAAUACCCACAUCAUAUCUCCAUCCUUCCAUCUUUUCGCAAGAAUUUCCUCAAAUUCGAUUCUCCUACAACAGUACCGUUUGCUGUUACAGAAUCUGAUUCCUCCAAAUCUCUUGAACCAGACCCUCAAACUCUUCUGCAACAAGUCGCUGAGAGUUUUGUUCUACCUGCAGACUUUUUUUCGCAGCUUCCUCGUGAUCUUCGCUUAGAUCUGAAUGAUGCAGCAUUUGAUCUUUCAAAUGGGCCAGUUAAAGAUGAGUGUGGCGAGGAGGUUGGAGAGACAUUGUUAAAUAUAAGCCGAGCAUGGGAAAUGGCUGAUACAUCAACAUCCACAACUUUAGUGGACAAGCUGCCUUUACUGAUUGGCUCAUUGACAGGCUCUCAAAAAUCAGCAUUUGGAAGGCGCUUGUUAUCAGCUGGAAAAAGGUUCCAGUCCAUGGGACAAUAUGGCGAAGGUGAAGUACAGAAGAUUGCUAAAGUUAUGAUAAAGACUGGAAAGUUGUUGUCUGCAAGUCCAGUAUCAGGAGUUGAGGGUGAAGAAUUUAAGCAGCAAACCAGGAUGUUCAAGUUUGGGGAUCUUCAGGUUGAAUUGACCUCUGGAAAAGCCUACACUGGAGCUGCCAUCGCAGUCAUCUUUAGUUUUCUUUCUUGGGAAUUGAGUCAAGGCAUACAGAGCAUACCAGAGAGCUCAUUACAGUAUGCAAAUGACAAUGCUUUAUUGCUUGCUAAGUCUCUGCGAGCAUCUCUGCUUGUGAUGUCCUAUUCAUCAACCGUUUUAGCUGCUUUUGCAACGGUGGGGCUUAUAUUACUUGGGGGACAACUUAAGUCGGAAAAUAAGUGAGAAGACAUUCCUGUUACUGAUAGACUAAAAUGUGGAUCAACAGACUGUUACUGGAAUUCCAAUGGUAUCAGUAAACUCUGUUGGAUUAACUAAGCAUCUUACUUUGAAUAUGGUGGCCUCCUUGAAUUUGAGUAUAAUAGAGGUUCUUUGGUUGUAGCUUCAAUGUUGCAUCCUUGCUUCUGGCUUGCUAACUGCAAAGCUUGUUGUAAAUAUUACUUUGGCUUCUUAGAUCUUUUGUAAAUUUUUUCUUUAAGCCGUGUCUUCUUUCAGUCAAUGUAUCAAUAUUCCAUGUGAUCUUCUCGUGAUGUGUGUUCCUCAAGAGGGAUGCUUCUA